AUGGACAAGAAUUUUCGUGUCAACACUAACGACGAACGUAACAUCUGGUUGUCCACGGCGGUGAAUGAGAAUCUGACAAUGGCGUCGUCGUCAUCUCAGCCACAACCAAUAUCGUCUCCGUUUCAUCAACCAGAGAAUCAGGUCAACAGAGUUAAUCCUGGAAGUCAUUAUUAUGAUUUGGAAACCCUAGAAUCUUCUUUUGGUGGGCUUUCUUUCAACGAUUCAAGUGUUGGUCAGAAUGGUGAUUCGAUUCACCUCCCUCGUCGAACCAAUCAGGUAUUCACUGGCAGUAGUUCUGGUGGUGCUGGUGAUGACAAUGGCUACUUGUUACCUCCGAUGGGUUCUCAUCACCACCGUGAAUUAGAGGAGUUGCAAAGGCAUAAUUAUCUGAAUCAACUGAGAAUGUCGUAUCAGAACGAUUAUGCUCAUCAAUCUUAUUGGUAUAAUACUGAUGGUGAUGGUAAUGGGAUGCUUAAUAAUGGUUUCUUGAAUGAUGUUCCUUCUUCUUCAAGAGACCGUGUCUCAGAUUACUACACUAAUCGUUUUGGGUAUGAAGGUUACAACUAUUGGAGGGGUAAUGAAGGUUUUGACUAUAAUCAAUGUCAGGCCUCUUUCUCUGCCUUUGCUAAAGACAAAGAAAUGAGUGAGAGGUUGGGGAUGAGCAUCUUUCAGGGUACUAAAGAGACAGUUGAUGCGAUUUACAACGGUCUCAUUGGCGAUAUUUGUGAGUUGAUGGUGGAUCCUUAUGGUAGUGAUGUUGUUCAGUUGCUUAUGAGAAGAUGCAGCUCUGAACAAAUCGUUCAGCUCGUUGAUAUUGUCACUCAGCAAAUGUUCCAGUUUGUUAACAUAUGCAUUGAUUCUCUCGGAACCAAUGCUAUACAAGUUCUUUUGACAUGUAUUAAUGAGCGUGCUAAAGAUCAAAUCCCGCGCAUCGUGGAUGUUGUAAGAACGGUAGCACUUCAAUUGUCAAAGAGCAACCAUGCCAUCUUUGUGAUUCUCGCAUGCUUCCGUCUAUUUCCUUUGCACUGUAGGUUACUUCUUGAACUUAUCGUUCAAAAUUGCCACCAGAUAGCCAUUGAUCAACACGGGUGCUGCCUGCUUCAGCUAUGUUUUAACAAGGACCGGGUUCCAAAUCUAGAGAUAAGGCAACGUUUGAUUAUGGAAGCAAUCGCUAAUGCAUUGAGACUCUGCUUAAACUGCUACGGAAACUAUGUGGUUCAGUAUAUCGUGGAGCUCAAUAAUCGUUAUUUAAUAGACGCGCUCGUGAGACAGCUAAUAGGGAACUAUGCACACCUUGCCCGCAACAAAUAUGGAAGUCAUGCUGUGCAGAAGUUGUUGAAACUAAGGUGGAUCGACUCUAGGGUUAUUGUAAUUGACUUGCUUAGAGAGAUUGAUACACUUCUUCUUGACCCGUUUGGAAACUAUGUCAUUCAAACCGCAUGGUUUGUGUCUAAGGACGAUGUGCGCCGGAUGUUGAGGUAUCAUAUAGAGCGUAACAUUCCAAUGAUGAGGUGCAACAAAUUUGGGAACAAAGUUCUGGAGAAACUCAAUAUCUAG